UGUGCUCUUCCUUCUCUAAUCAGCAGUGUGAUUUCUCCGGGGAUGGUUCGCCCCGCUGCUGCUCGGUCUGGCCGACGCCGUUGGGGCCGCCCUCCUGGGAUUCGGGCUGCCGUCAUUGCCCGUGUGCGCCGCGUUGGUGGCCAUGUUUCUUCGGAUUUUUCCUCGACGACGGCUGAUGCUGCUGCGUGUGGCCGCCCGGCUGUAGUUGAUUCAGCAUGUCGUCUUCGGUCCGGUCCUCGCCGGCCGUUUCGUUCUUCCUGGAAUGGUAUUCACCGAUUGGACUCGCGUCAGGAUGUUAAUGUGCCUGUUGAUAGUCGCCGUCGGGAGAUUUUACUAGGGAAGCGGCCUGUAGAUUUCACCAUUGGUAUUCCUAUUAGUGUGGGAUCUUCUUCAACGGUUGUCGGGUCUGCUCCGGCUGUUUGGCCUGCCAGUGAGCGAACUGAUACUUUGUCUGUCCAAGUGGUUGACAGACCGCGUGUCUCUCCUUCUGGUUUUCCUGCUGCUGUCCAUCUUUAUGAGUCUUUGGUUGGUGCUACGUCUCUUCGUUGCCGUCCAAGAGUGGUGCCCUUAUGUGCUGCUAGUGCCUUCGGUCGGCCUACUCCUCUUGUACGUGGGAUGCAGCCUCCGUUUCCUAAGGAUUAUAUCCAGCUGCUUAAGGCUACUUUUAAGGGGGCAUUCAUAUUAUGGUGGACCGGAUUUGUGUUGCCGGAAAUGUGGGGCCUUCUUUUGGUUCCGCGAAGGAUCUAUUCACCAUGCUGACGCGACUACUCGCUGUCUUGUUUACACGGGUUGUUGUCGGACGGGCAAGAUUUCGUUGCCAAAAUUUGGUGACUGGCCUUCUCCUUUGGAUAGGCUGAUGCGUUUUGAUGGUGACGUGGUUUCCUCUCGGUUCAUGCGAUUAAUACAGCAGUAUAAUUCCAUGUUCUGUUUUACAUCAUUGGGUGCACAAGUUGAUCAUAGUAUUAAUGUUGGAGGUGCUCCAUAUGUUUUCAAGAUGAAUGGGAUGGUCUACCAUCGUAUUGGUUCGUUGCUGCCGGCUGAGGGUGCACCUCCCAAGUUCGCGCAAUUGUACAUGGUCGAUUCUGCUGGCGAGUUGGACUGUAGGUUGAAUGUGUUUGACAGAGAAGAAACUGCUUCGCUUGAGCCCGAUCCUGAGAUUGUUUCUUCAUUGAUAAACAUGCUUAAUGUGCACCACCGUUUGGUGCACAAAUUUAGAAUUGCACGACGGAGUUUGUGUACUCCUGGUGUUUCUGCUAUGUCGAUUCGUUUCUUGGGCAGCGAUGGCGGUGCCCAUGGUACACGUUUUUCCGGCCCUACUGCUUCUGAAGUGGCUGCACUUAUUGUUGGCGAUCUCACUCCUGAAUGUAGAAGGUUUGACGUGAUUGCCGAGACACGAUCUGGUUCGCUGAAGCACAUAUCUUCACUCAGUUGCAACCUUAUGGCUUUACAAUAUCCUAUACUUUUCCUGUACGGUGACAAGAGUUACCACUGUGGUAUUAGAUAUGUUGAUGUUGGUGGUUCUUCGGCUACAGCUUAUGCAGAUGUGCAGUCCGAAGGGUGUAUGGACGGUGAAGAUUUCGAUGAUGAUGUGGACUAUAAUCCAAGGAUGCAGACGCUUCUCAUGGGCAAGUUACCAUGUUGGAGUACUAUAAGUACUAUACUCACUAACGUGAAGGCGAGGUGAACCCUUACACAAGUUGUGGUCGCCUGAGCCAACAAAUUGUUGUUAAUGCUUACUCUUGUGUAGAGGCCGAUCGUCUAGAGUACCAUUUUCGUAAGCAAGAUAAUCUUAGAUCCGAGACUUAUCAAGGCAUAUCUGAUGUCAUGGGUGAAGGUAACUCAACUGGCAAGAAUGUUGGUGUGCAGUUCAUACUGCACGACAGCUUUACAGGCAGCCCACGGUAUAUGCUUCUGAAUUAUCAUGACGGUAUGGCUAUUUGUCGGCAGUAUGGUGCACCCGAUCUGUUUAUUACUUUUACAUGCAAUCCCAGGUGGCAAGAGAUUGCCGAUGCUCUCGCUGCGCUCGCCAGCAAGUAACUACGCUGCAGAAUGAAUUUGCAAGACAAACAAUGAUCCUGGCAAAGAUAUGCAAUAGCUUUUUUGAUAUACUACCACUCCGCAUGUAUCCCCAACGUCCAAACAGCAGUGACCCCAUUAUCACGUACACAGGCACACACCCUCCCGUCGGACGUAUGGAAGAACUUGCAAAAUCGCUUUACCACUUUAUCACAGGCACAAAUCCUGCAGGAGGCUACACCAGAAUGAUCUAAUUCACCAACGGCUACUUCUAGCUUUGUCAGCAUGUUUGCGUUUGUACAAGUGGUUCUUUUAGCUUAUUUACAUGGUGUGUUCCUGUUUCUGUAAGCAGUUCUCUACGUACGAUGAACUGUAUGCAAUUUAGUUAUUUGUAGUGUGCCACUCUUAAUAUUUACUUAUUAUGUAUCCCUAUAUCUAUCUAAUGUCAACAGUUUCAUAUGUUCAAUUCCUUCAAUGUUUUUGUGUACUAUUAUGAAACUAAAUGUGCAUGCAACAAACUGAAAGUUGAAUUAACAGA